UUGCAUCACUUCUACGGCUCCAAGCAGGCUCUCGUAGCUGUCAUUCACAGCUUCUACCUUCCCCGCUGCGUGACCGUGCCCUCUCCACAACUCCUCCUCCAUAACACGAAGCGGCCUCUCAUAGACGCUAUUCACAGUUACGUAGGAUGAAUCACAGGGAGGCAUGGACUCCUUAAACCGGAAGUAGUGCUAUAUUCCUCUUGUGAUCAAGCCGUCCGAUGGCGAAAUGUAUGUCAAGGAGCUUUCCUAGACGGUCGCGCUGACUGCGCACAGCGGACCACCCGGUACACAGACCUUGUGUAAUACCUACUGGCUACAGAUGAAAAACAAGUAACUGGACCAUGGGGAACCAGCUUGUAGGAAUAGCCCCAUCUCAGAUCUUAUCUGUGGAUAGUUAUUUUUCAGAUAUACAUGACUUUGAGUAUGACAAGAGCCUGGGGAGUACACGGUUCUUUAAAGUUGCUAGAGCCAAGCAUCGGGAAGGCUUGGUCGUUGUCAAGGUCUUUGCUAUACAAGACCCAUCACUGCCUCUCACCAACUACAAGCAGGAACUUGAAGAAUUAAAAAUUCGUCUUUGUUCCUCCCAGAAUUGCCUUCCAUUUCAAAAGUUCACCCUGAAUGAGAAAGCUGCCUUGCUUUUCAGACAAUACGUCAGAGAUAACCUCUAUGAUCGCAUCAGCACUCGCCCGUUCCUCAAUAACAUUGAGAAGCGUUGGAUUGCAUUUCAGAUCCUGACUGCUGUGGAUCAAGCACACAAGUCUGGUGUUUGUCAUGGUGACAUAAAGACAGAAAAUGUGAUGGUGACCAGUUGGAACUGGGUCCUUCUUACAGACUUUGCAAGUUUUAAGCCCACAUAUCUGCCAGAAGAUAACCCAGCUGAUUUUAACUAUUUCUUUGAUACAUCUCGUAGAAGAACUUGUUACAUAGCCCCAGAGAGGUUUGUUGAUGGCAGCACAUUUUCCACAGAGCUGGAGUCGAUCAAAGACCCAUCUACGCCACUGGUGGAUCUCACUAAUAACAACCAACGAACAAGAGGGGACCUUAAGCGGGCAAUGGAUAUCUUUUCUGCAGGUUGUGUAAUAGCGGAAUUGUUCACUGAGGGCGUGCCACUAUUUGACUUGUCCCAGCUUUUAGCUUACAAAAAGGGGCAGUUUUCACCUGAUCAAGUGCUGGGAAAAAUUGAAGAUGGCAGUAUCAGGCAGCUGGUGACACAGAUGAUCCGCCGUGAACCUGAAAAACGACUUGCAGCAGAAGACUACUUGAAACAACAAAGGGGCAAUGCAUUUCCUGAGAUAUUCUACACAUUUUUGCAGCCGUACAUGGCUCAGUUUGCUAAAGAAACUUUCAACUCCGCUGAUGAGCGUAUCCUAGUUAUCCGAAAGGAUCUAGAUAACAUCAUUCAUAAUCUGUGUGGAGAUGAUCAGAGUGAGAAAGCAGAGGGCGAGACCAAGGAAAAUGGUCUACUCAUCUUGGUUACAGUGAUCACAUCCUGUUUGCAAACACUGAAGUAUUGUGACUCUAAGCUGGCGGCCCUGGAGCUUAUCCUUCAUCUUGUCCCACGCUUAAGUGUGGAGAUUUUACUGAAUCGUAUUACGCCCUACCUACUUCACUUUAGUAAUGACUCUGUGCCCAGGGUGAAAGCUGAGGCUGUGCGGACACUGACCAAGGUUUUAGCCUUGGUCAAGGAGGUGCCUAGAAAUGACAUCAACAUUUACCCAGAAUACAUCUUGCCUGGCAUAGCACAUCUGGCUCAAGAUGAAGCAACUAUUGUUAGACUGGCAUAUGCAGAAAACAUAGCAUUGUUGGCCGAGACGGCUCUGAGGUUUCUAGAGCUGGUGCAGCUGAAGAACCUGAACAUGGAGAAUGACCCAAACAUUGAAGAGCUGGACGAGGCCUCACACCCCAGUGAGAACUAUGACACAGAGUUGCAGGCUUUACAUGAGAUGGUCCAGCAAAAAGUGGUGACCUUGCUGAGUGACCCAGAGAACAUCGUAAAGCAGACAUUAAUGGAAAAUGGGAUAACAAGACUUUGUGUGUUCUUUGGUCGCCAAAAAGCCAAUGAUGUUCUUCUUUCUCAUAUGAUUACUUUUCUCAAUGAUAAAAAUGACUGGCAUCUCCGAGGAGCUUUCUUUGACAGCAUUGUUGGGGUUGCAGCAUAUGUGGGGUGGCAGAGCUCUUCUAUCCUAAAGCCACUUCUCCAGCAAGGACUGAGCGACGUUGAAGAGUUUGUGAUAUUUAAGGCUCUUAAUGCUCUCACUUGUAUGUGCCAACUGGGGCUCCUUCAGAAACCCCACAUCUAUGAAUUCUCUUGUGACAUUGCACCCUUCUUGUGCCACCCAAACCUGUGGAUACGAUAUGGAGCUGUGGGGUUUAUUACUACAGUAGCUCAACAGCUAAACAUUGCUGAUGUGUACUGUAAGUUAAUGCCCUAUCUACAUCCAUUUAUUACUCAACCUAUUAUUCAGAUUGAUAAGGAAAUUGUUUUAUUGAGUGUGCUGAAGGAACCUGUAAGCCGCUCAAUAUUUGACUAUGCCCUAAGAUCAAAAGACAUUGCAAGCCUGUUUAGACAUCUGCAGAUGCGGCAGGAAAAGAGGAACGGUUCUCUCCUGGAUUGUCCUGCUUCAGAAGACCCAGCUGUUGCCCAGCUCUUGAAGAAACUCUUGUCACAGGGAAUGACGGAAGAUGAAGAAGAUAAGCUUUUAGCGCUGAAAGAUUUUAUGUUAAAAUCAAACAAAGCCAAGGCUAAUGUAGCCGAUCAGAGUCACAUACAUGAAAGUGCUUUAAAAGGGGUGAUUGAUUUACAGUCUUUGGGUCUCAGUGGAAGACAAGCUGAUCUUGUGAAAACAAAGCUGGACACUGAUGACAAACGCACUCGCAAGCAUGUAAAGCAAGAUUCCAAUGUGAACGAGGAGUGGAAGAGCAUGUUUGGUGCAAUGGAGCCAGCAAACCUAAACCAAACUGUAACAAGAACUCUGCCUGCUGACCAGGAGGUCUCAAAGCCUCUCCACUCAGAGUCCUCUGCAGCAAUUAAUGUUCCUCUGUCCUCCUCACCGCAGUCAUCUGAUGGACCAGGAAUCCAGUCGAGGAGACCCACCUUGCAGAUAUACACAAGCACAUCUCAGCCCUCAGCUCUACAAAUCCGCAUGACCACAUGUAAGAGUGAGCUUCAGCAGCUCAUCCAGCAGAAGCGGGAACAGUGCAAUGCAGAGAGAUUAGCCAAGUACAUGAUGGAGAGCGCUGAGUGGGAGAGUAAACCACCGCCAACAGGAUGGCACCCUAAAGGCUUGCUGGUGGCACACUUGCAUGAACACAAGGGCCCAGUAAACCGGAUACGUGUAUCCGAUGAACAUUCCAUUUUUGCUACUUGCUCAAACGAUGGAACAGUUAAAAUUUGGAACAGUCAAAAAAUGGAAGGCAAAACUACAACGACAAGGUCAAUAUUGACAUAUUCUCGCAUCGGGGGUCAUGUUAAGACAUUAACAUUUUGCCAAGGAUCACAUUACUUAGCUGUGGCUUCAGACAAUGGCAAUAUCCAACUUCUGGGUAUUGAAGCUUCUAAACCACCAAAAUCUCCCAAAAUUCACCCGCUGCAAAGCAGGUCAUUGGAUCUACAAGAAGAUGGCUGCGUCGUAGAUAUGCAUCAGUUCAAUGCCGGGUCACAGUCCGUUCUUGCCUAUGCCACAGUCAAUGGGUCAUUGGUCGGCUGGGAUCUAAGAUCCUCUAGCAGUGCCUGGACUUUGAAACACGACCUGCGAUUGGGACUGAUAACCUCAUUUGCAGUGGAUAUUCACCAAUGUUGGUUGUGUAUUGGUACCAGCAGUGGCACAAUGGCAUGCUGGGAUAUGCGGUUCCAGUUGCCAAUAUCCAGCCAUACUCAUCCUGCACGGGCACGGAUCCGGCGCCUCCUCAUGCAUCCACUGAGCAUGCAUACCAUGUAUCAGUCCUGGGUCAUAGCAGCUGUCCAAGGCAACAAUGAAGUCUCUAUGUGGGACAUGGAGACUGGAGACAGACGAUUCACUUUAUGGGCCAGCAAUGCACCCCCCCUCUCAGAAAUGCAGCCCUCACCACACAGUGUUCAUGGGAUUUACUGUAGUCCAGCAGAUGGGAAUCCCAUAUUAUUGACUGCAGGAUCAGACAUGAAAAUAAGAUUUUGGAAUCUGGCCUGUCCAAAGAGAUCAUAUAUAAUUGCAGGGAGCACGAACAAUGUUCCACCUGUAUCGUAUUUCAGCAAGAUAAUUGAGGGCACAGAAGUUGUACAGGAAAUUCAGAGUAAGCAUACGAUGGGGCCCAGCGAAGAUGCCCCUAGAAGGGGACCUGAAUCCUUACCAGCAGGACAUCAUGACAUUAUUACAGACAUGGCCACCUUCCAAACCACACAAGGUUUUAUAGUAACUGCUUCUAGAGAUGGGAUUGUGAAAGUUUGGAAAUAAAUUUGCUUGGACUUUGGAACCUUUUCAAGCAACUCUGUAACCUUUGGCAACCGUUGAGGCCUACUGUGCGUCUCAUCGAAGCUGAAGGCCCAUAAGCAUGGUUUCUGGCCAAGUCUAAUACUUGGACCAUCAAUGCAACAACUUGGCUUUGAAAUAAAUGUCAAUGAAAGCUGCCAUUAGUAUUAUACCGAACCUCUGAAAUUCAGUACAGCUUUGGAAAAUGUUCUCCCUCUUUGUUUGCAAUCUGUACAUACAAAACCUUUAUCUUAUUAACAUGUACACAAACUAUGGAUACAUAAUAUUUAAAUUCUGUUAGUUUUUAUUUUGAAAGCUUGUUUACAUGAGUGCAGAAGAAGGUAUGUGUUUUUCACUUUUUUUUUCCUGCUAUUAAAGAACUACCUGUAUACCAA